AUGCCGCGGAUCGACUACGACGUGAAGCUAGAUUUCAAGGAUGUUCUGCUGCGUCCGAAGAGGAGCACUUUGAAGAGUAGAUCUGAUGUCGAUUUGCAAAGAACGUACAAUUUUCGGAAUUCGCUGAACGCAUAUCACGGAGUGCCAAUCAUUGCUGCCAAUAUGGACACCGUUGGAACUUUCGAAAUGGCUAUUGCUCUUGCGAAGACGGAAAACUCGCUCGAUGCUGGUCGUGUAUCUAAUGUGAAUGUUCUUUCCUGCAAGUAUGGGUUGUUCACUUGCAUCCACAAGCAUUAUACGAUCAAUGACUGGAAGAAGUUUGCCUCCCAGCAUCCGGAUGUGCUGAAAACCGUGGCUGUGAGUUCGGGGACCGCAGAAGGAGACGUUGACAAGAUGGUAGAAAUUUUAAGCUUGCUCCCGGACGUGGGUUUCAUCUGCCUCGAUGUUGCGAACGGAUACUCGGAACACUUUGUCGAACUCGUGCGAAAAGUUCGAAAAUUGUUUCCCAAAAAAACCAUAAUGGCUGGCAAUGUAGUAACUGGGGAAAUGGUGGAAGAGCUGAUCCUGUCCGGCGCAGACAUUGUGAAAGUGGGGAUUGGGCCGGGUUCUGUGUGCACGACCCGCAAGAAAACCGGCGUGGGCUACCCUCAACUGUCGGCCGUCAUCGAGUGCGCCGACGCCGCCCACGGACUCAACGGACACAUCAUUUCCGAUGGCGGCUGCACGUGCGCCGGCGACGUGGCGAAGGCGUUCGGGGCCGGCGCGGACUUCGUCAUGAUUGGCGGCAUGUUUGCGGGACACGACCAGAGCGGCGGGGAAAUCAUUGAGCGGGACGGGAAGAUGCUCAAGUUGUUUUAUGGCAUGGCGUCGUCGACGGCCAUGCACAAGCAUCACGGCAAAGUGGCGGAUUAUCGGGCGUCGGAAGGGAAGACAGUUGAAAUACCGUAUCGCGGGGAUGUGGAGGAAACUGUUCAGGACAUUCUCGGUGGACUGAGGAGCGCAUGCACGUACACGGGUGCUGGUCAACUGAAGGAGCUUCCGAAGCGCACAACUUUCAUACGGGUCACUCAACAAACGAAUGAAACGUUCGCAGGAUUUCAGCCGGAGAAAAGCCUUCAUCUUGCUAGUAUGGAAGUGAACGUGGAAUCGCAGUCGGAGUCGGAGGCACGAAGCGCCAACGAGCGAACUGUCAAAUCGGACAGCGUGUCCACGAACAACAUUCAAAAGCCCAACAAGAAGCUCAUUCGUGUGCUCACAGUGAUCGGCUACGUCAUUUCCGUGUCCCUUGCGGGUGUCAUGUUGUCGCUAUACUACGUCUUCUUGUGGAAACCGACCGUGAACACUGUCCGGUACGACAACCGACUUCCGCUUGCCGAGCCGCUCGUGUGGACUGUUGAGCCUUCGUUGCCAGCCACGGUUCCUGCUCCUGUUCUGCAAAUCCCCCCACAGUCUGCCGCAGGUGUUGUUGAAGGCGAUGUGAAUCUCGUCACGAAGGAGCCCGACGUGGAUGGAAAUAGUGAGGACAUGAUUACUUCGUCACAAGAGCUACUGGAGAAUCCUGGGAGACCGGAUCGGGAUCCAGUCGACGCAUGAUCUCGCUGUUCGUAAAACUCGAUAGUAUUCGUCAUGCUCAUGUACAGUUGAACCUCGAUAACUCGAACCUCCCCAUGUCGAUAUUUUUCAAAUCCAUGUCAGAAUUUCUUCAGAAACGAUGAAAGAAAAUCCUCCCUAACUAAAGGCUUUCGCGCUCAAACCUGCAUAACUCGAAUUUUCUGGAGGCCUUUUGGCGAUUAUUUUAUUGACACAGGAAAGAGAAGAGCGAUGAAAAUGUAAUAAUGUGUUUGGAAAGGAAGUGAAAGACUAAUUUGGCAAAUGAACCCUUGCGUCCAAGUUCAGCAUCCUGUCAGGUAAUUUGAAAAGGAAUUCAAAGGCCCAGAAUGUCACCAAUUACUAUUUCCUGUCUUCUUUUUUAUUUCCCCCAAAAAAAGUGCUUUGUUUCCUUAACUGGAAUUUGUUGACUGGCCCCGUUUGAAGUUCGACUUGAAGAGGUUCGACUGUAAAUGUAUGGGUUUCAUCCGUGUGUUCGCUGACCGAUGGAAAGAAUUGGUCCAGACUUACCAUUCCUGCAUUCGUGAGGGUUUGAACUAAGGGGCUUUGGCUAAUGGUUCACGACAGUUAUUCAAGGCGUAUGCGUCAUUGAUCCCGAUUUAUUUUGUAAGCUCCGUUUAUAGAAGCUCUUACACUGAAGCAUGAAUCCCAAAUCCGGAAGAGACUGAUGGUGCAAUGUUGCAUGCUGUCCAACUUCCUGUGCUCUUCCGUAAGUCUCUUGCGGCCAUGAAGUUGAAUUUACGACGAAAAAUAUUCCCUUCCUUUGCAAUGCGGAAGUUGUUCUUGAACAAGUGCGAAAAGUUAUUUGAAGCCCCUGAUCUUCAUCAGCGAAAUGCACAAUUUAGCGUUCUCCUUGAGUGAGCGAAAACCCGUCGAGAUAUAGAUUUCCAGAAUAAAGGAAAAACACACCUGCGGAAUUACGGAAAACGCCGAGAUAUUUCUGAAAAGUCUGAAGGGCUUCAAAUCGUCCAAUUUCAUGUGCUUUGGUGCGGUUUAAAUGAAGUUCAGGCUUUUUCAUUCUAUGGAAAAAAUUUACGAUCGGGUAUCAUCCACUUAUUUCUUUGUUGUGCACCUUUGUUGAAGAGACGCAUUUUAAAAACAGAGAUUAAGCUCUCGGAGUAACGUGGAAGAAAUUGCACAUCUGACUUCGUGGGCCAUUCCAAAACUUAUUUUUCAUGUCCUGACGUUUGAGGUUCCGAGGGCAGAGAGUAAAAGCUGGUACGGAAUAUAUUCUUUGUGAUCGUGAUGCCAAAAAAGAUAUGCGUGUGGAAUGGAAUUCAUGGGCAGCUGCUUCCAAGUAUGAAUGCAGCUUGAAUUAUACCAAAACCGUGUUACCGAUGAUGAUCGACAUUAUUUAGUUCUGUAUAGUCCUGAUUUUAUUUCGACUGCGAGCUUCUCGUGUUCUAGUCAUUCGUGAAUCUCUCGGAAAAUAAAGGAUCUUCCAAGUU